AUGCUUUUGGACCAAAUGGGCAUGUACUACGACCUGAACUUUGGGGCCUCGCUGGCCAGCAACAGCAUCUUGCAGACGAAGCCCAGGGCGGAGAGCGAAUUGGACAUGAACAUCCGGUCGGCCUGGACGACGCCACUGAGCAAGAAGGGGACCAUGGUUCUCAAGCAGGUGUCUGCGAAGCACACUCUCUCCGCGACCCAGGAGGAAGAAGAUCAGAAUCGGACCGGCAUGUCAACCACCAGAGGUAGAGGCUGUUUGGAUCGGCUCGUCUUGCACCCCUACAAAGCCGGACGUGUCUCCUGGGGAUUGCUCACGCUCAUAGUUGUAGCAUGGGAGGCAGUCGCAAUGCCAUUAUUGCUGUUUGACCUUGGUGACUUGAGCAUCGCGUUGAGUAGUAUCACCAGUGCAAUGCUGGGCUUCUGGAUUGUGGACAUCUGCAUCAAUUGCAUCACUGGCGUCGACCGGGGAGGUGUGAUCGACUUGAAGCUCAAAACCGCGUUCCGAGAGUAUGCAACAUCCUGGAUGAUUCCCGACCUACUGAUCGUCGCUCUCGACGUCGUGGUGCUAGUAGCGGUUUCAGAAGACUCAGGGGAGACACCCACUUCUGCCGGCAGUCAGGGAAUGAGGCUUGCACGGGCUUUGCGGCUUCUGCGUCUGAUCCGGUUGCUGCGAAUUUACAAAGCAUCCUCGGCGGCCAAUUUCCUGGUGGACUACAUUCGAUCCCCCUCCUUGCUGAUCGCUUCGAAAAUCGCAUGGACUCUGCUGACAAUUUUGUUCAUCAACCACUACAUUGCCUGUGGCUGGUGUGCAAUUGCCUAUUUCAAUGUGGAUGCUUUGACGUGGAUCUUGGCAUCCAACCUGGAGCAAGCAACAUUCACAGAAUUGUACUUGUCGUCACUUCAUUGGAGCCUGACGCAGUUUUCACCGGCUACGAACAACAUCGCCCCACAGAACGUCCUUGAGCGGAGUGUGGCAGCUUUCGUGGUGAUCUUUGCACUUUUGGUUUUCUCCUCUUUCGUGAGCAGCAUCACGAAUCACAUGAACCAGCUGCGCAUCACCAACGCGCGCAUGAUCGAGGAGGAUAUGCAGCUGAGGAACUUUUUCGAAAAGCGAAUGAUCUCCGUGGACUUGAGUGGCCGAAUACAACAUUUGUUCAAGAAAGGAAGUGGCCUCCACAUGAGACGGCCACACAUUGGAGACAUUCCGUUUCUCAAGGAGAUGCCAGAGAGUUUGCGCAUACAUCUUCACAACGAGCUGUACAUGAAGCAUUUUUACGACAUGCCAGUGUUUAGCAAGAUCAUACCCUUGGAUCGGUCGCUGUUUUCCAAGAUCUGCCACCACGCUUUCGAGGAGCGAUUCUACCCGGCAUCGUUCGAAGUCUUUGUCGAUGGCAGCAAUGCCAAGUUUACGAUCAUCAACGUGAAUGGUGACUUAGACUAUUCCUGGAUGCAAAGUGCCUGGGAUCCUCAGCGGUCGGCAAGAGGUGUCUCCCAUGCAACGACCCUGGUCAAGGUGCCAUUAGGUGCCUGGUUGGCCGAGGCAGCACUCUGGAGUGACUGGACCCAUCGCGGCCUGCUUGAGUCAGUUUCGCCCAGCGAGAUUCUUUUGCUGGACGUCAGCAGUUUCACCUACCAGUGCCACAACCACGGCGGACCCGUGUACAACCUCUUAAGGAGGGUGGCUGUGCUUGCGAUUGCCCACCGUGAACAGCUGAGCCGGGGUGCCACAGCAGUAACGGACUUGCCCCUGCACGAGUUCGCUUGGAAGAAUAUCCUCGAGCGAGCCGCGAAGUUGCAGACGAUGAACACGGUCAUCAAUGCCAUGACGCGCGCCUCGUUUCUGAAGUGA